AUGCAUCGCCUACUCUUGACCGCUUUAAUCCCUCUCGCGCAAGCGAUCGAUCUGCAACUCGACUCCCCAUCGUCGGUCAAAGAUGUCACCUCCAAGAUUGCCAAUGAUAUGAUGACCUUUUACACCGGUGACGAGCCGGGUCAGAUACCCGGUCUCCUACCUGGCUCACUUGACUGUAACCCUUCACAACCCGAUAACUAUUGUUGGUGGCAGGCUGGUGCCAUGUGGGGUGCAUUGAUCAAUUACUGGCAGUAUACUGGAGAUGAAAGUCACAAUGCAGAUGUGCGGCAAUCAAUACUCCAUCAACGCGGACCACAGGACAACUUCAAUCCACCAAACCAUAGUCGCAGUAUGGGCAUAGACGACCAGGCAUUCUGGGCAUUUACCGCGCUGGACGCCGUGGAGGCAAACUUCCCAGAGGAAGAAGGCGCCCCAAGUUGGUUGAGCCUCGCACAGGGGCUGUACAAUUUCCAGAUGAACCUGUGGGAUCCGAAUUCAUGUGGCGGUGGUUUCAGGUGGCAAGUCGUGCCUUUAAAUCAGGGUUAUAAUCUUAAGAAUAUGAUUUCAAAUGGCGGCAACUUCCAGGUCGCGGCACGACUUGCUUACAUCACCGGGAAUGAAACUUACGGUGACUGGGCUACAAUGGUCUGGGACUGGAUGGCGGGCUCCGCGAUGUUUGAACGCAGUGAAGGCAUCCUUUACAUCUGGGAUAACUUGGAUGCCGACAUGGAUUGCAAGGGCGAAGGUGCUCUUAAGCGCCUCAUCUGGAGCUACAACUAUGGUGUUCUUCUAGGCGGCGCAGCCUAUAUGUACAACUAUACGGACGGAGACCCUCAAUGGCUAGACCGGGUCGAGGAAAUCCUCGAAAGUGCCUUUCAAUUGUACUUCCCUGCCGAAUUCGGUGGAAAUAUUAUGGUGGAGUUCCACUGUGAGAAGGAGGGAAUAUGCAAUCAGGAUCAGAAGAGUUUCAAGGCAUAUUUGUCCAGGUGGAUGGUGGUCACGGCAUUGCUCGUCCCAGGCACCUAUGACCGGAUCAUGCCGAAGCUACGAGAAAGCGCGAUCGGCGCAGCAAGGCAGUGCAAGGGAGGAGAGUCAGGGAACAUGUGCUCUGCGCAAUGGUGGACGGAUGUACCCACCGGUAGAACGGGAGUUGGUGAGCAGAUGACUGCACUCGCCGUCAUCGGCUCCACCUUGAUCAAUUUCGGCAUGGCUCCCUUAACUCAGGCUUCAGGAGCUAAAUCCGAGAGCGAUCCCGAUGCCGGGGUAGAGGAAAACCCCACUGCCAGUCCACUUAAACCAAUCACAGCUGGGGACCGGGCAGGUGCAGCUAUUUUCACGAUCUUAAUUACAGUCUUUCUGGUGGGCGGUGCAUUUUGGCUUGUUUGGGAUUAG